UGUAAGGAGAAGCUGAGGAAGCUGCUGCCACCACAGUACGCCCUGGAGCUGCUCACAGUCUAUGCCUGGGAAACUGAGACUCCAGGGAAAUGUGAAGGACAGACAGCCCAGGGUUUCCGGACUGUGUUAGAGCUGAUCAUUCAGUUCUUAAAGCUUCGAAUCUACUGGACGUUUUAUUAUGAUGGCAUCAAUGAAGAGGUCAAUGCCUACCUGUCCACACAGGUCAAAAAAGACAGGCCUGUGAUCUUGGACCCAGCAGACCCAACAUGGAACGUGGCUGGUUUUAACUUAGAGGGCUGGCGCCUGCUGGCAGAAGAAGCAAAAGCCUGGCUGAAAUACCCGUGCUUUCGGCUCAUUGAUGAUACCCCCGUGGGCUCCUGGAAUGUUCCACCAGAGAAACAAGGAUGUUUCUUCCUGUGA